AUGUCAUUAAUUUCAAGUCAAAGUGAUUGGAAUUCUAAUGGAAAUGGAAACAAAUUAAUGGCCACCCGUUUUGGCCAAAUAAUUAAUUCUUUACUUGAAGACGAUAUUGUCAGAUCUCAUCAAUAUAAUGUUAAUCCUGUACUCUUUCCUUUCUCUAAUUAUAUAUUGAAGGUUCUUCAGAAGUUUUUAAUUAAAAAAUAA